ACGAACAAUAAAAACACAUAAUGGCAUCGUAUCAGUACUUUCAAUGGUACUGGUCAGACUUUUGUCCCACAGGCAUACAACCAUUUGCUGCCGAUUCAAAUGAUCUUUUGCCAUGUUUUCAAGAAAUAUGCCUACAAAUACCAGUUUAUACAAUAUUCGCAGCUGUAUCUUCAUACAAUUUUGGCUGUUAUAAUCGUCCAGUUAUUCGAAAUCCAACACAAAAACGUUUAAUCUAUUUGCGUAUAAUUACAACAUUGUUCCUAGCUGCUCUACCAGUUACAAAGAUAUUCUUCUUCCAUUCGGUUGGAUUAGAUAUACAUGCUGUGGAUGUACUCGUUGUGAGUAUAGAAUUUGUUAUGUGGAUUUUACAUUGUGGAUAUCUUUUGUCAUCGAGAAAGUUUGGAGAACUCAGUCAUCGAGGAUCAUUAAGUCUGAUGGUUUUAUGGUCUUCGGUGUUUGUUUUAGAUGUUGUUUGGCUAAGAUCAAGUCUGAGCAAAUCUUUCUGGCCAUGGAGCUUGGCUACUGUGCUAAUGGAUAUAAUGUAUGGAUUGACAUUAAUUCCAAAAGGAUCUGCUGUGCCCUCAUCGCAGAAUAUUGAUCGAAAUAAUGAGCAACAAGCUCUUCUAACCAAUCGAUAUGUGUACUUCCACUUCAAUCUCAAUGAAUUAUUACUUGGCCAUGCUCAAGACGAAGCAUCAUGCUUGUCAAAGUUUUUCUUUUACUGGGUAGAGCCAUUGAUUACAAAAGGAGUCGCAGGAAAUCUAAAAAGAAUAGAAGAUCUCUUUGAUCUUCCAGAUUGCUUGAAUAUUUCGAGAAUAAGUGAGAAACUUCAUAUGCAAAUAUCUCGAACAAAAUCAACAUUCUGGGCGCUUCACAAAACAUUUGGUCGAGAAUUCUAUUUGAUUGGAAUAUUAAGAUUCAUAGCAGACACAUCAGGAUUUGCUGGUCCACUGCUACUUGGCGGAUUGUUAAGUCAGGCUGGCACUGAUCUCACUGGAACAGAUUCUGAACCUUAUUGGUAUGCAUUAGGACUUUUUGGUUCUACUUUGUUGUCUGCUUUAUGUUCGACUCAUUUCAACUGGCGUAUGUCAAUAAUUGGCAUGAAAAUGAGAAUUGGAGUAGUUAGCGCUAUUUAUCGUAAAGCUUUGGAAGCUAGAGGACUUAAAAAUUCACGCCCGGAAAUAUUGAAUUUGAUGUCAACGGAUACUGAUCGAAUUGUUAACUCUUGUGUGAGUUUUCAUUCAUUUUGGAGUAUCCCAUUUCAACUUUUUACUACAUUGUACCUGCUCUAUACCCAACUUGGAGUUGCUUUUUUGGCUGGUGUAGCAUUUGCAGCAAUGUUAAUUCCCAUCAAUCGAUGGAUAGCUCGAAGUAUUGGAAGCAUUUCCAAAGACUUGAUGACAGCCAAAGAUGCUCGUUUGGCAGCAACUAGUGAGACUAUUGCUGGGGCUAAACAAGUCAAAUUGCAUGCAUGGGAAGAUGUUUUUAUUCAAAAGAUUAGAGAUCUUCGUAAAGAAGAAAUCAAAUAUCUUGGCAAGAGAAAGUAUUUGGAUGCGUUGUGUGUAUAUUUUUGGGCAACUACUCCAGUAUUAAUGUGCUUACUCACAUUUGGAAUGUCGGCAAUAUUGGGAAAUAAACUUACGGCUGCAACAACUUACACAAGUGUUGCUCUUUUAAACAUGUUGAUCGGACCUUUGAAUGCAUUCCCAUGGGUCUUGAAUGGAUUGGUUGAAGCUUGGGUUUCUGUUAGGAGGUUGCAAGAGCUAUUUGAGCUUCCCAACUUGGACUUUUCAUCAUAUUAUCAACCCGUAAUUAAAGGUUCUGCACCACAAAAAGUUGAUGAAAAACCUACGGUUUUACAAUUGAAAGAUGCAUCUUUUGAGCAUGAUCAAGGACGAAAUGCACAUGAGGAUAGUUAUACAUUUCGACUUAAGAAGAUCAAUCUUGAUGUGAAAAGGGGUGAUUUAAUCUGUAUCGAAGGACCUUUGGGUGGUGGCAAGAGUACAUUUGUUUCAGCGUUAGUAGCUGCUAUCGAUUGUGUUGAAGGAUAUGUAUGUGUUCAUGAUUUAACUGCUGGAUUUGGUUAUGUACCCCAAACCCCUUGGUUACAAAGAGGUACCAUACGAGACAAUAUACUUUGGGGUGCAGUAUUCGAUGAACAACUUUAUAAAAAUGUCUUAUUUGCUUGUGGUUUAAGUGAAGAUCUCGAAGCCUUAGGAGGCGAUCUAAUCGGAGUUGGUGAAAAUGGAAGAACUUUAUCAGGUGGUCAACGAGCAAGAGUUUCCUUAGCCAGAGCUGUUUAUCAAGACAAGAAAAUUUACCUUUUGGAUGAUGUUCUUUCAUCUUUGGACGCUCAUGUUGCCAAUCAUGUUGUUAAAUAUUGUCUUUUGGGAUUGUUAAAGGAUAAAACACGAAUUAUCGUUACCAGCAAUAAAACUUUGUUCUUCAAUUCAAAUCAAAUUCUUCAUGUGGACAACGGUGUUGUAACAAAGAGUGACUUUAUGUCAGAAAGUAUUGAUCUCAGUCUCGAAGAUGAUGUUGAAGUUGAACCAAUUACUCAAGCAAGAAGUCGAAUGUCCAGUGUUGAUUUGCUAAGUGAUGAAAAUGCUGAUAGAAAAAGUCUAGAUAGUGUUAUGAUGGAGGAAUCCCGAGAAUAUGGAAAUCUUUCUUUAAAUGUAAUAUCCUGCUAUUGGAGAGCUGUUGCAUGCCCACUGGGUACAGCUGUACUCGUCUUUGUUGUUCUAAUGCAACUUUCAAGAAAUAUCUCCGAUGCCUGGUUGGCUCAUUGGGUUACUGAAACAAAUAUCAAACCGAAUAAUGACACCAAUUCAACUACGGACAGUGUCAUUGGGAAUGAAACACUUCCUGAGCAUGAUUUUAAAUAUUAUUUGGGAAUAUUUGCUUCGUUAGCUUUAGCCAAUUCCAUGUUAACACUUAUUCGAGCUUUUUUGUUCGCCUAUGCUGGUAUCAAGGCGGCAAAGAUUAUCCAUGACAAACUUUUGAACAGAGUUCUCUUUACUAAAUUUCAAUUCUUUGACAUAACCUCUGUGGGACGAAUUUUGAAUAGAUUCUCCUCAGAUACUUAUACUAUCGAUGACUCUCUUCCAUUUAUUUUAAAUAUUUUACUUGCCCAAGUGGUUGGACUCACAGGAGCUCUUUGUAUCAGUUUGUAUGCCAUGCCUUGGCUUGGUUUGAUAGUUAUUCCAAUGAUCCCGAUUUACUUGAGUCUACAAUAUCGAUAUCGUUAUGCUUCGAGAGAUAUUAAACGUCUAUCGAGCAAUGCUCUUUCUCCACUCUACACACAUUUCACAGAGACCCUUGAAGGUAUAACAACAAUCCGAACAAUGCGAGCUGGUCCAAGAUUCCAACGUGAUUUCCAUGUGAAACUAGAAGAAAGCAUCAAAGCUCAACUGACAUCUGCAUCUGCUCAGCAAUGGUUAGGUCUUCGUUUGCAAAUGUUGGGUGCAAUGUUGGUUGGUGGAGCAGGGAUUCUAGCAGCUAUGACAUCAGCACACACAACCAACCCCGGAAUGGUAGGGUUAGCCAUUUCCUAUGCUUUGUCAAUUACUGGACUUUUGAGUGGAGUUUUAAAUGCUCUCGCUGAAACUGAACAAGAAAUGAUUGCUGUGGAACGUGUAGAUCAGUAUUUGAAACUCGAAGAAGAACCCAAUGCUGGUGGUAGUGCAGAUCCACCAUUUGGAUGGCCAAGUCAGGGAGUUCUGGCGUUUAAACAAGUUCAAUUGCGUUAUCGUGAGCAUCUAACUCCUGCAUUAGUGAAUUUAAGUUUCCAAACUGCAGCUUUCGAAAGGAUUGCUAUUGUUGGUCGAACAGGAGCUGGAAAGAGUUCAAUUAUUGCUGCUCUGUUGAGAGUAGCUCCAUUAAAUGCCGGAGAAAUUUCUCUAGAUUGUGUCAAUUUAAAAACACUUCCACUGAAGAAGUUAAGAGAUAGAAUUGGUAUUAUUCCACAGGAACCAUUUUUGUUUGAGGGCACAGUGAGGGAGAAUUUGGAUCCUAGAAGUAGAUUCAUUGAUUCAGAGAUUUGGAAUGCAAUAACAAACUGUCUGGCAACACCGUUGGUACAGUCAUUGGGUGGAUUACAGGGAAAAUUGGAAAAAGGUGGAACUAACUUAUCAGCUGGACAAAAACAACUACUUUGUUUAACGAGGGCUUUGCUUAAGAAUGCUAAGGUUGUUUGUAUUGAUGAAGGUACAUCAAAUCUUGAUUCUGAUUCAGAAGCAGCCAUUCAAAUAGCCCUAAGAAAUUCCUUUAAAAGUUCGACAAUAAUAUUCAUUGCUCAUCGUUUGAGUGGGCUUCAGAAUAUGGAUCGUAUUAUUGUUCUGGAUCAUGGUGAAAUUGUCGAGCAGGGAAUACCAAAUGAAUUGGCCCAAAAUACAGAAUCAUUGUUCCACGGAAUGUUGCAAGCGCAGAGAAAUAAAGACUAUAAUAUCAAUGAAGGAGUAAUUGUUGAAACAUAAAUACAUAAGUAGCCUAAUGACAAUAUAUCAAGCAAGACUAUUUAUAAAUUUUAAUUUAUUCAUAACAAAAAUGUAUGAAUGUUUUAAACCCUCCCUAAAAAACCUGACUCAAGAGCUAAGCUUAAUAGUGGAUAUUUUUUAUACACAAGUCGAUGUGGAAAAAAGAAUAAGCUUCAUCGAUGAGACAACAUACAUGAAGUAAUGGUUUUUUUUGUUAUAAUUUGUAUUUAAUAAAGUUGAAAAUUUAUUAAGUUAA